GUGGCAGACCCGUGUAAUCGAUCCGGGUUAACGAUUUAGCUUCGAUUUCGAGUCUCUACUGAUGAGAAGACGGAAAAAGCCGAAAUAAACUCGUUAAACUGUUUAUCUUUUGUUUAUCUUCUCGGUUCGACCUGCGGUUCGUCUGAGCAGCUAGAUUUAGGUGAUCAGAAUAGGAAAAGACUUGUAGACGAAGAGAAAAAUAAAUAAAUAAACAAAGCGUCUUGUUUGUGACGGAAGGCUAAAGGCUAAAGUUAGCCAAAUGUCCGCAGCCGCCGGCUCCUCUCCUGCUGCCUCGCCGGGCUCGCGGCUCUCCGCUCCGGCCGCAGGCAUGUCUGUGUUCCGCUGGCUGGAGGUGCUGGAGAAGGAGUUUGAUAAGGCGUUUGUGGACGUGGACCUGCUGCUGGGGGAGAUCGACCCUGACCAGGCCGACAUCACGUACGAAGGCCGGCAGAAGAUGACAAGCCUGAGUUCGUGUUUUGCUCAACUUUGUCAUAAAGCACAGACGGUGUUUCAGCUGAACCAUAAAUUAGAGGCUCAGCUGGUGGAUCUGAGGUCGGAGCUGACGGACGCUCAGGCAGAGAAAACCGUGGUGGAGAAGGAGGUCCAUGAGCAGCUGCUUCAGCUUCACACUCUGCAGUUGCAGCUCCAUGCUAAAGCAGGCCAGACCGUCGACUCCAGCUCCAUUAAAGACAGGAUGCCCGUUGCUUCCGUGGAGGAGAUGGAGAAGGAACUGGAGGCCAGUAAGAAAGAGAAGGUGAAGGAGGUGAAGCUGGAAGCCGAGGUGAGGAUGCUGAAGAAAGAGAACGAGGCCCUCCGCAGGCACAUCGCAGUACUGCAGGCCGAGGUGUACGGCGCCAGACUGGCAGCUAAAUACCUGGACAAGGAGCUGGCUGGGAGGGUCCAGCAGAUUCAGUUAUUAGGUCGGGACAUGAAGGGCCCGGCUCAUGAUAAACUGUGGAACCAGUUGGAAGCUGAGAUUCAUCUGCACCGCCACAAAACGGUCAUCCGAGCCUGCAGAGGGCGCAACGACCCGAAGAAGCCCUUGCCGUCACCUGCAGGACAUGACCCUGAAUCUCUGAAGAAGACUCAGGGGGUCGGUCCAAUCCGCAAAGUGCUCCUGUCUAAAGAGGACCAUGAGGGGCUUGGGAUCUCCAUCACGGGAGGUAAAGAACACGGAGUUCCCAUCCUGAUCUCAGAGAUCCACCCAGCUCAGCCUGCGGAGCGAUGCGGGGGGCUUCAUGUUGGAGACGCCAUAUUAGCUGUCAACAACAUUAACCUGAGAGACGCCAAGCAUAAGGAGGCAGUGACCAUCCUCUCCCAGCAGAGAGGCGAGAUCGAGUUUGAGGUGGUGUACGUGGCACCGGAGGUGGACUCGGACGACGAGAACGUGGAGUACGAGGACGAGAGCGGGCAUCGCUAUCGUCUCUACCUGGACGAACUGGAGGAGGGAACGGGAGGUAGCCAUGGCAACGGCCCUGCCGAUUCUGCCUCACUGCAAGUCGUGGAAAAGCACCUGAUGGCCGACGCAGCCGAGAACGGAGACACGGGCAUCUCCAGCGAGAGUCCUUCUGAGGAGACGCCCUCGAAGACGACGGAGCCUCCUCAGAACUCGUCCUGAAGAGCCGGGAGAGACGAGGGGCUCCGGUUCCCACCCCCCUCACACGGAGAAGGAGAAAGAGAAAUAAAAACUCUGGCCCUGUAUGAUAGCUGUAACAUACCAAGAUGUGUGUUUUUGUACCGUAUGGACACGACACAGUUUCAGAGUCCACUGGAGAGCACAUGGAGACACCGAGAGGAAACGCAGAUCGGAUGGUUUAUUGUUAUCGGAUGUCUUCUGAAUAACAUCAGCUGUGGUCAGGAACAUGGCUGACUGUGAAGGUGGAAGACAUAGGAUAUGAUGGGUGUUUAGGGUUUUUGUUUUGUUUUUUACUUUUUAUAUCCUUUGUGUGCAUUUACUGCUCCCCAGGUGAAUAAGACCUGAGCUCUGCCCCUCGACUGGGGUAUUAAUCAAAAAUCUAGUAGAAAGUUAAGGUUAACAUACAGCUCAUAAUCAUUAUCAAGUGUAAGGGUAAAUAAAUCCACCGUAAGUCACCAGAGCUUUAAAUAUGUUCCUUAUCAAUCAUCUCAGAUUUGUUCCGUACGGUGUAAAAAUUAUUGUAUUUGGAUUAGUUUGAGAUUUUGGGGCUUUUAGAAAGGGGGGUGCAUAAUAAAUUGCAUAAUUCUGUCUUAGAAAAAAAUAACACAGAUAUUUUUAUUUUAAACACAGGUCUAUUAUGUAAGUUACAGCACUUCAAAGAACUUUAUUACAAAUGUACAAAAAUAUGAAGUUAUAAUCAUUUAAAUAACAAAUAUUCUUUGCUUUAUUACAUGGUCCAUAAGUUCAAGACAAUCGCAGUCAUCGUUUCUGUAAAGUUCACGCGUCUAGCACGAAUAGUUUAAGAGUAAGUGGUGCUGUCAUUUUUUGGGGGGGAAACACCCACUUUUUAAAGCCUCGGGAUCACAGAAAUGAACGUAAAGGGUCGGUCAGGAGACCGCUGGUGAUUUCACGCUCGUUGACCCGUAAUUGAUUUUUCCGUUUUUCAUCCGAGUCGUUUUAGCGUCUUCCUGCUUGAAAAAGGUGUUGUUAUGGUGCAGGGUUGGUGGGAAGUUAUUACUCAGCCUACAUCUGAACAAUAUGUGAAAAUAAUUUACAGACUUUUUUAAUUUUAUUUUUUAUUAUAGGGUAAAAGGGGUUUGUCUUGCUGAAUGAGCAGUGUAGCAACAAUGAGACGGUUGACGAUACGUGUCGGGCGGGGGGGGGGGGUGUUGUUGGACACGCCACUCACUCACACGUCUUAUUUCUGAGAUCCAAACUAAAGGUUGUUUUGCGACAUUUCACUAUCAGGAACUCGAUCAAAUUGUGACGUCGAUGGUUUGACGAUGAAAAUGGGAUGUGGUAACCUAGUGGUUACGGUGUUGGACUACCAAUUAGAAGGUUGUGAGUUCAAAUCCUAGGUCCACCAAGCCGCCACUGUUGGGCCCCUGGACAAGGUCCUAAACCCUCAAUUAAAUGUAAACCAUCAGUAAAUAAGGCCUCUCCAAAAGCUGUAAAUGUAAGAAGAUUUUACUACCUAGCUAGGGUUUGGACAUCUUUAAACAGACUGACAGUUGUUGUUGUUUUUUUACCACCGGCUUUGUUAAACACAACAGAAAAACUAAUGACAUAAUUUAUUAGAAGCGAUUUAAAAAACAUUGCCCCAAAUCAGAUUUUCUUUCUGAUCUGUUUACCAAAAUUUAGCAACAUUGACAUCCAAAGGGUUUUUGCAGGCUGCCACAAGUGUCUAUAUUUCAGUAGAUAACUGUAAGGCUGGCAUUAUAUUCCACAGGUAACUCCAUGUGCAUAUGUAUACACACACACACACACACCCCUACGGCCGCCGUUAGAGCAUAACCGCUCACGUAAUAUCUGACCAACGUACAUCAUACACGUCUGGAGGAUGUCUAACAUCCCUGCUGCAAACAAUGAUCUCAGAAUGUAAAUUAGUAGUAUGUAAUAUAUCUAAUAUUUCCUCCCGCUGUAAGUAUUAUCGUUAUUUAUAAACAUCUCUAAUCUACUAAUCCUAAGUUUUUGCGAAUGGCAGAAACUUAAUGAUUUCGCUGCAUUUUGAGUUCUCUAUGCUGUAGUAUGGAUUUCAGGUUUCCAUGACUACCAGUCGGCAACAAAUUACUUCCCCGGGUUGUAACCCGAAUCUGAAAACGUAUAUAUUCUGAUAACUCGAACAAGCUAUAAAUGUUUAAACGUAGAAAAUAUUUAAGAUCACACCUUCUGCCGAAUAUCGGUAGGAUUUGAGACGCAGCACAGGUUUGUUUAGUCUCCUGCCGCUGUCGAUAAUAUAUGGCUAAGUAGAAUAUGGCAGAAUAUAAAUAACAGUUUUUAUGUACACAGGACAUACAAAUAGUCAAACUGGGAAGUCACAACACUGUGAGUGUGUGUGUGUGUGUGUGUGUGUCAGCUUCUGAAAUAUUUCUACAGUAUAUGUAAAGGUAGUAUAAUAAAUUCUGUCUAAAACAGGGUUAUAAACAUAAAAGCCUCUGAGGAAGUGUAUUAUACAGUAGUGUUGGGACAGAUUUAGCUAACGUUACCAUUUAAAGACGACGUAAACGCAGAACGGUGAAGGAAAUGUUUCAUAAUCAUAAAGAAUAGCAACAUUUACCUCAGAAAUGUGGAAAACGUGACUAAGAGCUGCUAGAAGAACGCUAUAUACUUGUACUGUGUUUAAACUGGGACAUUCACUGUGUUUAGAUUAAAUGUGAAUAAUUAAUUACCUUUCGUGAUGUUCAUGACUUUCUCAGAGUUCCUCUGCAGUUGAGUCAACACUAAAUAUAAAUGAUUUUAGCCAUAUAUACAUUUAUCUUUUUCUUUCUUUCUUUUAUUUUUUAUUUUUUAUGAAUAUACCAACAGAUCUGAGGUAAAUGUUGCUAUUCUUGACAACUUUGACUUAUUUCCUCCAUCGUUCUGCAUUUCUAUUGUUCUUAAAUGAAAUGUUUUAUGUACUGGCUAACUAAAACAGUCUCCUUAGCCGUUAGCUAGCUUAUACUCAGAUGAUGUACACUCAGCAGUGUUCUUACAAUUACAAGGUCUUACAAGCCAAUUGAAAGCACAAACUCGAUCUUUAAUUGAAAGCACCAUUAAAUGAAUAUUGUCAUAGGAAUAAAAGAUAAGAGGAAUCAGGAGAUAUGAUUUCAGGUUUUGUUUUUUUUCUUUUUAAAGAAAAUCUACAUGUACCUGUAUGGUGACGUGUGUGUGUGUGCGCGUGAAAUAGUGUGAGAGAGUAUGAGUGUGUGUGUGAAAGAGAGAAUGUGUGUGUGUGUGUGUGUAAGUGAGAGAGAGAGAGUGUGUGUGUGAGUGUGUGUGUGUGUGUGAGAGAGAGUGUGUGUGUGCGUGUGUGUGUGUGUGUGAGAGAGAGACAGAGAGAGUUUGUGUGUGUGUGUGAGAGAGAGAGUGUGUGUGCGCGUGUGUGUGUGUGUGUGUGUGAGAGAGAGAGUGUAUGUGAGAGAGAGACAGAGAGAGUUUGUGUGUGUGAGAGAGAGAGAGAGAGUGUGUGUGUGUGAAACUUUAGAUCAACAUUCUUCAAAAACACAUGCGUUGUGCUGUUAUAGGAAAGGAAUCAGCAACAGAUUUUGAGUCAGACUGUUACCAUGGUAUCCUUUAGACCAGUUAUUUUCCUUUGCUUACAUUUUGUAUAUUAUUAUUGAAGGAAAGCUGUAUUACCUACCUAGCCUAAAACUGUCAUCCCUUCACCAGCCCUUUUGUUUUUAAAAGCUAAUAAAAUAAAACGUCACAUUUCUGAGGAACCGCACCACACAAAAUGCCCACAUUUCGUACAUUACCUGCUCUCUAUUCUGAGGUGUUUCCCAGAGCUUGUACUCCACCCACCCCCACAAACAUCCGGUGUGUUAAAACUCUGCAGACAAUCAAUCAGCUUGUGGACUAUAUGGAGCAGAUUUUUGGUUACUGAUGACGUAUUACUCAGCGUGUUUCGAGAAAUAACUCUCCUAACUGAUGUCCCUGCAUGCUGCAAGAGGCAUCAACAUGUACUUUAUGGUUUAUUGGUGAUUGUUAACUUCCUGCUUGUCAUAUGAUCCAUACUUCGGCACUCUAGGCAUGUGCUGAUAAUCAGUUAUCUCAUAUAUACAGUGAUAUUAAACGGUUGGUGUUACAGAUACUGCAGAUUAUCCCUAAAGAUGGAUUCGGAGCAUAUUAAAUUACGUUUGGUGUUAAAUACUGUAAAUCCGAUUCAGACAGCAUCCGAAUUUUUCCAAUUUGCAUGAAUGAAAUCUAAUAACUGUGCUCUGAAUGAUAUUCCAGAAUAAAGCCAUCAGAGAAGAUUGAUAUUAACCUAAUAUCAGCACAUGGCUACUGACAGCUGAAAGGUUUGGUAUAAAUCUCAUAUCGGUAUUUACUGCAUAACAAUAUUGGAAUAAACUUAUUUGCUCAUUGCAA